AUGCGGUUUAAAAUCUUCGGCGAUGCCGACGCCCCCGACUGGGUCCUCGCCGAAAUGUUUGCCGUCUCCAGACUCUCCUCCGUUCGAGUACGAGCUCUGUGCACCAGGCUCGUCGACGGCGCGUGCGUCGUGAGUGAUGACGCAUCGAUUGAAAAUCAAUCCUCCAACGAUGUCGCGCCCUUCGCGCUCGAUCCCGAUCGUUUACGCGCGUUCGUCGACGCCUCGAACGCGUCGAGCGACGUGGAGGCGUCGACGGCGGCGUUGGCGCACGUCAUCACGGAGGCAACGCGACACGACGCGGAUGAGCGCACGGUGGCGCUCGAGCUCGAGCGGUUGGGAUUGCCGCGAGAGCACGCGGAGGCGGUGGCGCGACCGUACGGGAAGAAUCGAGAGCGAUUGAGGGCGAGCGCGCGAAGGAGGGUUUUGAGGGUGAAUGCGUUGAUGGGAGAGGGGGUGCGGUGGGGGGUGACGUUCGGGAGCGGGAGCGCGGAGGACGCACCGAGCGAACGGUUGGGCGUGCGGUUGACGCUGCACACUCGAGAGGAGGGCGUGUUCGACGUAGACGUGAGCGAGGAAAAGUUCAGGGUGUUGCUCGGUGAGUUGAAGGCUGUGAAGGCGCUAAUGGACGCGGACGAUAGGCAAUGA